AUGGUUGUUCCAACAGAUGAUUCCACGACGAAAAAACAAUGGAUCCAUCUUCGUCGAAUCCUUGAACGAGCUGGACCUUUUAAAGAUCCAAAUUUUGAACCAUCUACUGAGCUUUUAUCAGCAAUUGAAUCGGUGAAAAUUUUAAUUAUUGGUGCUGGUGGUCUUGGUUGUGAAUUAUUAAAAGAUUUGGCUCUUAUGGGUUUUUGUCAAAUCGAUAUCAUUGAUAUGGAUACAAUUGAUUUAGCAAAUUUAAAUCGUCAAUUUUUAUUCACUAAAGCUGAUAUUGGUAAAUCAAAAGCUGAAGUUGCUGCAAAAUUUAUUAUGAAUCGUAUUCCGAAUUGUAAUGUUACACCACAUAUGAAUAAAAUUCAAGAUUUUGAUGCAUCAUUUUAUUCAGAAUUUCGAAUUAUUGUAUGUGGUCUAGAUUCUGUGGUAGCCCGUCGAUGGAUUAACAGUAUGCUAGUUAGUAUGCUUCAAUAUGAUGAAGAUAAUCAAUUAAUACCAAGUUCAAUCAUACCUUUGAUUGAUGGAGGAACUGAAGGAUUUAAAGGAAAUGCACGAGUUAUAAUGCAUGGUUUCACUAGUUGUAUUGAAUGUACUUUGGAUUUAUUUCCUCCUCAAGUUAAUUUUCCUCAAUGUACAAUUGCAAAUAAUCCACGUUUACCCGAACAUUGUGUUGAAUGGGUUACGAGUAUUCUUUGGCCAAAAGAAAAACCAUUUGGUCAAGAUAUUAAAAUCGAUGGUGAUAAUGUUGAACAUAUCCAAUGGAUAGUUGAACAUGCAACAAAACGAGCUAAUGAUCAUAAUAUAACUGGUAUUAAUUUUCGAUUUACACAAGGUGUGGUUAAACGUAUUAUACCAGCUGUUGCAUCAACAAAUGCAGUUAUUGCAUCUAUUUGUGCAACGGAAGUCUUUAAACUAGCAUCUUCAUCUGUCAUGCUUAUGAAUAAUUAUACAAUGUUUAAUGAUAUCGAAGGGAUAUAUAUGCUUACAUAUCCACCGGAAAAGAAAGAAGAUUGUCCAAUAUGUUCAAAUGUUCCUAUACGUAUUCAAAUGAGUGAAACAUCGAAAUUUCAAGAAUUUAUCGAUUUACUUAUAGAAAAAUAUCACUUAAUUGCUCCAUUAAUUUAUACAGAAAUCAAUGGAAAUUCAAAAACGUUAUAUAUGACAAGUACAGAACAAAUGAGUGAAGCAACAAGACCUCAUCUUAAAAUGACAUUACAAGAACUUGGAUUAACCAAUGGUGCAGAACUAUUAGUCGGCGAUCCAGCACGAGCAUCAUCAAUGCGUGUGAUUCUUACAUUAACUAGUUCAAUGGAAACCUCAACUGCAAAAUAA